UUGGAUUAGAGCCGCAGCUCCGCGCGCAGGGCUCUGCGUAAAGCAGCGCGCGCAGGUGCAGCUCGGCAGCUCUCCACACUGAGUUUCGCUCGUGAGUCGUGUUUGGACCGGAGCGGGACUAAACCGCUUCAUUAGUGUCAUCACAGGAAAAAGACAUGAGUGGCGUUACAGACUGGGCAGAGGAAGAUGUAACUCAGGAGGAGGCACGGUCCUCCCCUGCCUGGUCGGAGGAGCUCUAUGAGGAGCUGUGGGACCGCAUAGAGGGAAGGCGUCACAAGCUCACGCGCAUUCUCAACCCGGCCAAAUUCACGCCCUACCUGCGGCAGUGCAAGGUCAUCGAUGAGCAGGACGAGGAUGAGGUGCUCAACUCAACGCAGUACCCCAUGCGCAUCAGCAAGGCUGGUCGUCUGCUGGACAUUCUCCGAGGCCAGGGCCAGCGGGGUCUUCAGGCCUUCUUGGAAUCACUGGAGUUUUACCAUCCAGACCAGUACAUACAGCUGACUGGAAAACAGCCAAUGCAGAGAUGCUCCCUCAUACUGGACGAGGAAGGUCCGGAGGGUUUGACCCAGUUUCUGCUGCUGGAGGUGCGUAAACUGAGGGAGCAGCUCCGAAACAGCCGGCUUUGUGAGCGUCGGCUGUCUCAGCGCUGCCGGAUGGCCGAGGAGGAGCGAAGCAGAGCCGAACGAAAAGCUGAGGAGCUAUGUCACGACAAGCUGCUGCUUGAGAGGCUGCGUCAGGACUGGGAGUCAGCCAGUCGGGAGCUGGGGAAGCUGAAAGACCGGCAACUGGAGCAGGCUGUGAAGUACUCCAGGGCCCUGGAGGAGCAAAGCAAGUCCUCUAUCCGAGAGAGGGAACUUCUGAGGCAGGUGGAGGAGCUGAAGUCCAGGCUGGCAGAGUCGGAUAAACAAACAGCCGACCCUCCUGACAUUACCAGAACAAACAGUUUGCGCUCAAAUGGAAUAAAUAAAUAUCCGCCUGCUUUACCAGAGAAGCCGCUGCAGCUUAACAAGGUUCAGAAAACAGAAAAGUCUCCAGUAAAAACUUUGGAUCCCUCCACUGGAGUGAAUGCUCUCAUGGACAUCCUGCAGCAGGACCGCAGAGAGGCAGCAGAACAGAGACAGGAGCUCUGCGACUACAUCACCAAACUCCAAGAGGAGCUGCAGAGUGCGGAGGAGCACCAAGAACAGUUGGAGUCGCAGUGGGAGCAGCUGCAGCUGAAGGCCAGGACUCUCCAGCUGGACUGGGAGACGGAGCAGAAGAGGAGCAUGUCCUACUUCAACCAAACCAUGGAGCUGGAGAAGGAGAGAGACCAGGCUUUGCGCAGCCGAGACAACCUGCAGCUGGAGUACACCGACUGUCUGCAGGAUAAGAACCGUCUGCGUAAACGCAUCGCGGAGCUGCAGGCCAGCCUGGAGCAGCAGCAGAGGGAGCUGGAGCGAGAGUGUGAGAAAAGCCGGGAGCAGCUGCAGCAGAGUGCAUGUCUGCACUGUUCCCACCUGUCCCUCUGCAGCGAGGACCAGUGCUACGGCCCCUGCUGCUCCCCUGACCUGGAUCUGAGCCCCCAGUCCAACAGCACCUAUCUGAUGCUUAGAAAGACGCCACCUAGAGGUCAAACCAAUGAAAACUCUGGAGGUUCCUGUUCCACCUCAGAGGAGAACCUCUUGUCGUCAACAAAGGAGGAUGAAAAGGAAAUAAAUCGCCUUUCCACAUUUGCCUUUCCUCCAUGUGCAAACUCCAUCCACCGACGGUGUAACACAGAGUUUGACAUGAUCUCUUGGGUCAGUGAUGAGAAUGAUAACAUUUUAGAUGAUCAGAGUGAACCUUCUCUGUGUGACUCUUGGACCUCCUUACACUCGCACCUCUUCCCUCCUGACCUGGUCAACAUGCCCUCAGUUUCUAACAACCAACCCAAUCCCAUUGUUCCCAGGAAGCAGCCCUCCCCCUGCUCCCCAUCUUCAAGCCCCCCCAACUCACCAAAACACAGAAGAGCCAGUUUAGCUGAUGAUAUCACCAUCGUGGGAGGAAACCGAGUGGGGAUCUUUGUCAGCCAUGUGAAAGCUGACUCUCCAGCUGAGCGGUGUGGACUAAAGGAGGGCAGUGAGCUGCUGGAGUUGGAGCGGGUUCUGUUCGGUGGAGGAAGUGUGAUGUUGAAUCAGUGCACGGCUGAGGUGGCCCACUUUUCUCUGCAGUGGUGGACUGAGCUUUCAGCACUGAAACACCAGAGCAACCUGGACGCGUAUUCGAAGCUGUGCUCGGAGCUUUCGUCGCCUUCGUUUUCAGGUGCCGACUCCUUCUAUGUGCGGGUCAAUCUCAAAAUGGAGCCUCGUGGUGACCCCCCGUCCAUGGGCGUUUCCUGUGACGACAUCAUACAUGUCACAGACACAAAGUACAACGGGAACUAUCACUGGCGCUGUUCCCUGGUGGACCCGGUCACAGCCAAGCCUCUGCAGAUAGGAACCAUGCCCAACUACAACAGGGCUCAGCAGUUGUUGCUCGUACGGUUACGAAAAAUGUCGCUGAACCAAAAGGACUUCAAGAGGAAGAUGUUUUCAAAGAAACCUUCUGGCCGCGUUCGACUGGUGAAAGCAGUGGAUCCCGGCAGCCGCGGUGUCGGCUCCUCUCAGCCGGUUCUUUACACUCUCAGCAAACGUCAAGAGGACCACUUAAUCCCAUACACUUUGGUGCAACCAGUGAAGGUUCAGGCCAAGCGGCCGGUCAUCUUCUCCCCGUCUCUUCUUUCUCGAGGUCUGAUAGAGAGGCUGCUGCAGCCAGCGGAGUCUGGACUGAAGUUCAACACCUGCCCACCUGAACCCAUUCCAGCUUUGGAGAGACAAGACAAGAAGGUGUUUCUGUUGGACACCUGCAGUCCAGAGCAGCCCAUGGGCAUACGGCUGGGGUCCAUACAGGAAGUCAUCAGUCAGGACAGGCAUUGUCUGCUAGAGCUGGGCAUGUCCAGUGUUGAAGGCUUACUGAGACAGGGGAUUUACCCCAUCGUCAUCCACAUUCGCCCUAAAAACAAAAAGCACAAGAAGCUGAGGAAGUUUUUUCCUCGGUGUGGAGAGGACAGUGUGAUGGAGGAGGUGUGCCAGGCUGAGGAGCUGCAGCUGGAGACCCUCCCCAUGCUUUACUACACCCUGGAGCCCAGCACCUGGAGCUGCACGGAGGAGCUGCUCAAAGCCUUGUGUGACACCAUACACAGCCAGCAGGGGGCGGUAGUUUGGGUUGAACUCGAUAGGUUGCAAUAAAAAUUUAUACCUGGAUUAAUGAGCAUGAACUUUGGUGUUGUAACAGAAAACAAGUGUUCAACUGUUUAUAUUUUUUCAAUAAAUAACAAAUCUAUUUAACUGAACUGUUGAA